AUUUUAGUCAUGUUAAAUUGUGGAAGGAAAAAAAUCGAUUUAUUAUAAAUCCGACGCUUGUUCUUCCGUCUUCUGUUUCAUUAUAAUCAGACUCGUCUUUCUUCCUCCGAUCUUCUCUCGCUUCGACUCUUCUUAGGGUUUUCGUGUUCAAAUCGAUGGCUACCUUAGAUAGCGACGUAAACAUGAUCCCUGCGGGGGAAUCGUCGAGCUCCGCUGUGGCUUCUUCGUCGAGCAAGAAGGCGAAGAGAUUCGAAGUGAAGAAGUGGAGCGCCGUUGCUCUUUGGGCUUGGGAUAUCGUCGUGGACAAUUGCGCCAUCUGCAGAAACCACAUCAUGGAUCUCUGCAUUGAGUGUCAGGCUAAUCAGGCCAGCGCUACGAGUGAGGAAUGCACUGUUGCUUGGGGGGUUUGCAACCAUGCUUUUCACUUUCACUGUAUCAGCAGAUGGUUAAAGACUCGUCAAGUUUGUCCUUUGGAUAACAGUGAGUGGGAGUUCCAGAAAUAUGGUCACUAAAUCAGCUAACCGCACCAGCAGAUUUGUGUAUCAUGUUCAUUUGGCUGCUGCACUUUCUUUUUUUUCCUUUAUUCGCUAGUUGUGAAAACAGUGUUUUACUUUCAUUGAACCCCUUUAUCGUUUUGCUUUGGAUAAUGU